AUGCUAAGCUACAUGAUGAAGGCCAGCAUCACGCAGCUGCAGGGGACCAGCAUGUAUGUGUCGAUCCUUGAUCGCUGGGGAUUCAGUAGCAGAGCAGCUGAAGCAGAUCAGGAGUUCCAACAGCGCGUUUCCCACAGUUUGCCCUCGCUGACAGGGCCAGCCUUUCAGGAAGUCACCGACACUGUGCAGAAUGCCAUCGCCAAAUUCCCGAUCUCACAGUGUUAUGUGGGUGGCGAAGGUACCGACUGCACUCUCACAUUCUUUGCGCGCAUUCUUGGCAUGGUAGACCUUUGCUGCUGGAACUUCGAGUGUCAGUGGAAUGCAGGCGGCUGUCGUGCUGCAACAGUGCUGUAUAUGGAGCAUAGCAUGAGCGGCGCGUGUGGCUUUUUUGGGGGCUAUCCGUACAAAGAUACGCAAUGUGGGUAG